UUUAUGUAAUAAAUGAUUUUAUGCUGACAACUGUACGUACCAUAUGAUUGUUUACCCAUGGUGAACCUCAAUUAUUUACCAAUACAGAACCCCGUAUGUUACCCCUUAGCGAUACUUCAUUUUGAUUGGCUAAAAGAUAGCGUCCCUUUUGUGAAAGAUAAUCCUGAUAGAAGUCGAAGAUCACAGAGAAUAUUUUUAUUGCAAAAGUUUUGUUUUCGCCGAUUUAUUACGGUUUAAGAGUUGCUGCAUCGUUUGAGGUUUGCAGUUCUACGCUAUGUGAGCGGAACAGGACUUCUACAGAUCUUAAUCAUGGGCCCAAAGAAGAAGUCUGCUGGCACUGAGCCUCCAGCUAAGCGGAGAAGGACUGCGCAAAAUGGCAAUGCUACAAACAUUCUAAGUGCAAGUGACACUACAAAUAGUGAUAUAAUUCAAUCCUUAACUAAAAACAUUACAAGUAAUAUUAUGGCAGAAUUACAGAAGGUCGGAGUUCUUCCUACACAGAAUCCACAAGUGGAGCAAGCAGGAGGUCCAGAUCAAGACAAGCAGCAACGAUUUGAAAGAAAUACCAGUGGUACAAUGCUGGAAGGUGAACAGAUACCUGCAUCAGCAGUUUUGGAUUUGGAAAGACAGCUACCAAAUACACAGGGUUCAAGAGUUUCAGGAGCUGGCACCACAUACUCAACCAGAACCAUCAGUGGUACCAGAAGCUCUGAUGCCUCAAAACUUUUGGAAUACAUUGCGCAACUUACAAAAGCAGCCAUAGCACCAUCCACUAAGGCUACGUAUAAUAGAGCUUGGAGGACGCUACUGUCUUUUUGUAGUAAAUAUGGAAUGUCUUGUGAACUACCCCUGAGCACUUCGCUGGUGGCUCUCUUUGUAGCUCAACUUUUCUCUGACUCUUUUUCCCCUAGGUCCAUUUCAACAUAUUUAUCAGCCCUUGCUUAUGUUCACAAAGUGCUAAAUUACCAAGACCCAACGCAAGCAUUUGUUAUACAGAAAUUAGUUGCAGGGGCAUAUCGUUUGGGCAAUACCUUUGAUAUACGUUUACCCAUCACACCUCAUAUUUUAAACAAUCUGCUUUCGUGUAUACCACAAGUCAUUCAUGAGGAAUACAAAAGAAAAAUGUUUCGAGCUAUGUUCUUAUUUGCAUUUUCUGCAUUUGCACGCAUUGGGGAAAUAGUAAGUUCAGAUGGACAUACAGAUGAUGUCAUUCAGCUUUCAGAUGUUACUUUCACUCGGGGGGCAGAAAAAUUUAAUCAGGUCAAUGUCUGCUUUAGGAAGUUUAAACAUAAUUCUUCAGGUCAGCCUAAGUACAUUUCAUUCUCACAUGGACCAUGCCAAAUUUCUGCCAUCGAUUCCCUUGUUCAGUAUUUGAAUGUUAGGAAAAACAAUGAAGGUCCACUUUUCAUUUUAAAUGGGGGUUUACAGCUGACAAGGAGUGUAAUUAAUAAGACCCUACAAAAAUGUUUGCUUUGCUGUGGCUUGGAUAGUACACGUUACAAAGGUCACAGUUUUAGGAUAGGUGCUGCUACGGUGGCUGCACAGAAUGGUUGCACAGAUGCGCAAAUUAGAUCAGUGGGACGCUGGCAUUCAAAUGCAUUUCAGAAAUAUAUCCGAUCAAAUAACAUACCUAGCAAUAAGUAAUAGUAAAUUUUGUCAGAACCCUUGUUUGGCCUAGGAUUGUGUAUACCUGCUGGGGCCGGUAUAUGCAUUGGUACAAUAUGACACUUCUAUUUAACCAUGUUACUAGCUUGGGCCAGUAACUAGUGCAGUUUUCAUGUACGGAUUAACAUUCUUUUACGUAUUACCUGCUGGGGCCGGUAAUGCAGUUGAAGUUCAUUAUAUGUAUAUCAUCAUACUGUUGAAUUAUGUUUUGAGUUAUGAUCUUUUAAGAGUUAACCUGCUUGAACUGGUAAUAUUAUUGAAAUUAAAUUGUAUGUACAUAUCAAAGGUUCGCAUGUUAUCUGCUGGGGCCGGUAACAUUAUUUUUCUUAAGAUUAGUUUAAAAUACAUGUACAUUUUAUAUUAUAUCACAAUAGCCAAGAUCUUUGGUACAAUUUGCUUUUUACCGGAUAAGGUUAUGGAUAGUUUUUAGGUUUCUUCUAACUUGUUAAUGGAUGAUGUGCUGGCAAUGGCUUUGGUGGGGUCGUUUCAAAGACCAUGAUUGGCAUGAUCUUUUCAACUUGUGGGUAAUGGACCCCACCUUUGCCCAUUAUUGGAUUGUUGUUAAAUAUUAACAAUAUAACUUCUUAUUUGUUAGUCCCAUAUACAUGUUACCUUGAUUAUUAUUUGUUUUCUUGACUUACAUGGAAUGCCAGUAAUAGAUAUGUAUUUUAUAUGUGUAAAUUUUACUUCGGUCUGUCAGUUUUUCUGGAAAAAUUCAGGGUAAUUGUAAAUUUAAGUAUGUCCAUUGUCUAAAGAGAAAGUAAGCUUUUGUAUAUUUAUGUUUUGAAUUGCUCGAGUGCAAUUUUGUUAUUUCUUUUGUAUUUGUUUUAUUCACAUGUGUAUUGGAUAGUUGCAUGUAGUCCUAGGAAUAUUUUUUGGUAGUUAUUUUUUCUAUUUGUUCCAAUUACAUGUUUGAAUUGUUGAUCAAGAUUUAUUUGAUCAAUAAAUUUCUUUUCAACAUA